AUGCUCUCAUUCCCUCUAACCCACUCUCAUACGCUCUCAUUCCCUCUCAUCCACUCUCACACGCUCUCAUUCCCUCUCAACCACUCUCAUACGCUCUCAUUCCCUCUCACCCACUCUCAUAGGCUCUCAUUCCCUCUCACCCACUCUCAUACCCUCUCAUUCCCUCUCACCCACUCUCUUACGCUCUCAUUCCCUCUCACCCAUUCUCAUACACUCUCAUUCCCUCUAACCCACUCUCAUACGCUCUCAUUCCCUCUCACCCACUCUCAUACGCUCUCAUUCCCUCUCACCCACUCUCAUACGCUCUCAUUCACUCUCACCCACUCUCAUACGCUCUCAUUCCCUCUCACCCACUCUCUCACGCUCUCAUUCCCUCUCACCCACUCUCAUACGCUCUCAUUCCCUCUAACCCAUUCUCAUACGCUCUCCUUCCCUCUAACCCACUCUCAUACGCUCUUAUUCCCUCUCAACCACUCUCAUACGCUCUCAUUCCCUCUCACCCACUCUCAUACUCUCUCAUUCCCUCUUCCCCACUCUCAAAACGCUCUCAUUCCCUCUCAACCACUCUCAUACGCUCUCAUUUCCUCUCACCCACUCUCAUACGCUCUCAUUCCCUCUCACCUGUUUCGGUGGGGGGCCAAGUGGUCCCCACUACACACCCCUCCAACCUUACCAAGUGGGUCCUACUCCGCAUCUACGACGAUCGUCGACAUGAGUGCGGUGCCAUUGUUCAAUGGCGAGCACUAUGCAUCAUGGCGCUUCAAGUUGAAGGUGCACAUGAUGGAGCGUGAGCUUUGGGGCUUCUUCGACGGAUCCGAAGUGAAGCCUCCAACCGCCUCGACAACGGAGCAUGGAGCAUGGGUGAAGAAGGACAAGAAGGCGUUCUCGUUUCUCGUGUCGAAGCUCGGACUUCAACUCGUGCCGGUGGUGAGCUCGUGCAUCGACCUUGAAGGAGCUACACGUGAAGCUUGGAGGCGCCUCGAGAACAUCCACGUGACGAAGUCUCUCCACAGCAAGUUGCAAGCGAGGAGGAACUUCUUCACCGUGCGCAUCAAGGAGGGCGAACGCAUGCGCGCAUACGUCAACCGCGUUGAGGAGCUUGGCGAACGAAUGGUGGAGCUUGAAGCGGACGUGGAUGAGAAGGAUUGGAUCAUGACGCUUCUCGGAGGGCUCGGAGAGGAAUGGUCAACCGUCAUCACCACCCUUGACGGCACGCAAGCGACGUGGACCAAGGAGGGGGUGACGACGCGCCUCAUCAACGAGGAGAUGCGGUGGAUCAACUUGAAAGGCGAUUCAACGAGUUCGGCUCACUUCACGCGCGGCGCGAAAAAAGGCGUUGUCUACACCAAGCCACGGAAUGACCGUGGGCAUGCAAGUGGAAGCGUGAGCUCUUCACGUGGAGGACAUGCCAACAACAACAACAACCGUGGUCAUGCUCGUGAAGGAGCAUGCCGGUAUUGCAAGAAGCUCGGGCAUUGGUGGCGCGAGUGUCGGAGCAAGCCAAGGGAUUGGACUCCAACGUCAACGUCUUUAAUUCAAGAGGAGAGGCGCGCGAACGUGGUGACUUUGGGAGAAGACACCAAGGAGCUCGUGUUCAUCGCAGGAGAAGGAGCUCUUGGCGGGCUCGCAUGGCUUCUCGACACGGGCGCUACACAACACAUGACGCCGCACGCGGAGCUUCUUGAGGAUGUCUCGGUGGAUGCUCCUAUCAAGCGCGUGGUCUUCGGUAAUCAAGACUCGCUUGAGGUGGAGGGACGCGGAACAUUGCGCAUCGCGGUGGACGGCGGUCCAAUGACAAUCAACAACGUGUUGGUUGUGCCGGGACUCGGCGCCAACUUGCUCUCCGUGUCACAACUCACCACCAAGGGAAUGCGUGUCAACAUCGAAGGCGCGGUCAUGACAUUGAGCACGUCUUCCGGGCGCUUCAUCGGCAAAGCGCAUCAAGACGGCGGACUCUUCAAGCUCGUGGCUACACCGAACCUUGCGUCGGCGCACGCGGCGGUGGCAAAGCCUUCAUUGGAGAUGUGGCACAACCGCUACGGGCACUUGAGUGCGUCAACCAUCCGCGCCAUGGCAACUCAAGGCGUAGUGCACGGGAUCGUCAUCGACUCGUCAACAAACGAGGAGGUGGAGAAGUGUUCGGCGUGUCUUGAAGGGAAGAUGGCGCGGAAGCCGUUUCCAACUCGCACGAAGCCUCUCGCCUCCAACCCGCUCGAUCUCGUCCAUACCGGCUUUGGCGACAAACCGGACGUCUCCAACCUCCGCACCUUCGGGUGCAUUUGCUACUAUCACGUUCCCGAUGCUACACGCACCAAGCUUGAGGCGAAGGCGCGUGUGGGGAUGUAUUUGAGCCAUAGCCUUGAUCACAAGGGAUGGCGGGUGUGGGACUUGGAGAGCGGAAAGGUGGUGGUGUCGCGCGACGUCUCAUUCUUCGAGAACCGCUUCCCAACUUCACCAAAAGAGAAGCAUUCGGUCGUGGUCAUCCCUCCAACGGUUGAAGACACGAAUGAGUCAUCUUCUCACGAUGUUCCCAAGGAGAGGAGUGUUCAAGACGAGGAGGGAGAUGUUGUUGAAGUGGUUGGAGUGGAGAGUGAGAAGGAUGGUGAUCCUUCUACCGUCGUCGCUCCAACGCUUGCAUCUACUCGCGCUCGAAGAACUCCUCAUCCGAACCCGAAGUACGCCGACUACUCGCUUGUGGUGGAGGAUGAUGAGGAAGGGGAAGAUGCCAUGUGCUUCAUGGCCGACUUCACACCUACCACCUACCGUGAGGCGAUGGAGACGCUCCAAGCCGGUAAUUGGACUCAAGCACUCAAUGAGGAGUACGAGUUCAUGAUUGAAAAUGAUGUCUAUGAUCUUGUCCCUUUGCCCCCAAAUAGCUACACCGACGGCGUCUUAAAGUGGCCGGUUCUUCCUACAACUCAUACGCUCUCAUUCCCUCUCACCCACUCUCAUACUCUCUCAUUCCCUCUCAACCUCUCUCAUACUCUCUCAUACGCUCUCAUCCACUCUCAUCCACUCUCAUCCGCUCUCCACCCCUCCCAUCCCCUCUCAUCCCCUCUCAUCCCCUCUCACACACUCUCAUUCCCUCUCACCCACUCUCUCACGCUCUCAUUCCUUCUCACCCACUCUCUCACGCUCUCAUUCCCUCUCAACCACUGUCAUACAAUCUCAUUCCCUCUCACCCACUCUCAUACGCUCUCAUUCCCUUUCACCCACUCUCUCACGCUCUCCGUCCCUCUCACCCACUCUCAUACCCUCUCAUUCCCUCUCACCCAGUCUCAUACGCUCUCAUUCCCUCCCACCCACACUCAUACACUCUCAUUCCCUCUCACCCACUCUCAUACCCUCUCAUUCCCUCUCACCCACUCUCUUACGCUCUCAUUCCCUCUCACCCACUCUCAUACACUCUCAUUCCCUCUAACCCAUUCUCAUACGCUCUCAUUCCCUCUCACCCACUCUCAUACGCUCUCAUUCCCUCUCGCCCACUCUCAUACGCUCUCAUUCCCUCUCACCGACUCUCAUACGCUCUCAUUCCCUCUCACCCACUCUCAUACGCUCUCAUUCCCUCUCACCCACUCUCAUACGCUCUCAUUCCCUCUCACCCACUCUCAUAUGCUCUCAUUCCCUCUAACCCACUCUCAUACGCUCUCAUUCCCUCUCACCCACUCUCAAACGCUCUCAUUCCCUCUCACCCACUCUCAUACGCUCUCAUUCCCUCUCACCCACUCUCAUACGCUCUCAUUCCCUCUCACCCACUCUCUCACGCUCUCAUUCCCUCUCACCCACUCUCUCACGCUCUCAUUCCCUCUCACCCACUCUCAUACGCUCUCAUUCCCUCUAACCCACUCUCAUACGCUCUCAUUCCCUCUCAUCCACUCUCAUACGCUCUCAUUCCCUCUCAACCACUCUCAAACGCUCUCAUUCCCUCUCACCCACUCUCAUACGCUCUCAUUUCCUCUCAUCCUCUCUCAUACCCUCUCAUUCCCUCUCACCCACACUCUCACGCUCUCAUUCCCUCUCACCCACUCUCAUACGCUCUCAUUCCCUCUAACCCACUCUCAUACGCUCUCAUUCCCUCUCAUCCACUCUCAUACGCUCUCAUUCCCUCUCAACCACUCUCAUACGCUCUCAUUCCCUCUCACCCACUCUCAUACCCUCUCAUUCCCUCUCACCCACUCUUUUACGCUCUCAUUCCCUCUCACCCACUCUUAUACACUCUCAUUCCCUCUAACCCAUUCUGAUACGCUCUCAUUCCCUCUCACCCACUCUCAUACGCUCUCAUUCCCUCUCGCCCUCUCUCAUACGCUCUCAUUCCCUCUCACCCACUCUCAUACGCUCUCAUUCCCUCUCACCCACUCUCAUACGCUCUCAUUCCCUCCCACCCACACUCAGACGCUCUCAUUCCCUCUCACCCACUCUCUCACGCUCUCAUUCCCUCUCACCCACUCUCAUACGCUCUCAUUCCCUCUCACCCACUCUCAUACGCUCUCAUUCCCUCUCACCCACACUCAUACGCUCUCAUUCCCUCUCACCCACUCUCAUACUCUCUCAUUCCCUCUCACCCACUCUCAUACGCUCUCAUUCCCUCUCACCCACUCUCAUACGCUCUCAUUCCUUCUCACCCACUCUCAUACGCUUUCAUUCCCUCUCACCCACUCUCAUGCGCUCUCAUUUCCUCUCACCCACUCUCUCACGGUCUCAUUCCCUCUCACCCACUCUCAUACGCUCUCCGUCCCUCUCACCCACUCUCAUACCCUCUCAUUCCCUCUUACCCACACUCAUACGCUCUCGUUCCCUCUCACCCACACUCAUACGCUCUCAUUCCCUCUCACCCACUCUCAUACGCUCUCAUUCCCUCUCACCCACUCUCAUACUCUCUCAUUCCCUCUCAACCACUCUCAUACUCUCUCAUACGCUCUCAUCCACUCUCAUCCAAUCUCAUCCGCUCUCAACCCCUCCCAUCCCCUCUCAUCCCCUCUCAUCCCCUCUCACACACUCUCAUUCCCUCUCACCCACUCUCUCAUGCUCUCAUUCCCUCUCACCCACUCUCUCACGCUCUCAUUCCCUCUCACCCACUGUCAUACACUCUCAUUCCCUCUCACCCACUCUCUUACGCUCUCAUUCCCUCUCAUCCACUCUCAUACGCUCUCAUUCCGUCCCACCCACACUCAUACAGUCUCAUUCCCUCUCACCCACUUUCAUACCCUCUCAUUCCCUCUCACCCACUCUCUUACGCUCUUAUUCCCUCUCACUCACUCUCAUGCACUCUCAUUCCCUCUGACCCACUCUCAUACGCUCUCAUUCCCUCUCACCCACACUCAUACGCUCUCAUUCCCUCUCGCCCACUCUCAUACGCUCUCAUUCCCUCUCACCCACUCUCAUACGCUCUCAUUCCCUCUCACCCACUCUCAUACGCUCUCAUUCCCUCUCACCCACUCUCAUAGGCUCUUAUUCCCUGUCACCCACUCUCAUAUGCUCUCAUUCCCUCUAACCCACUCUCAUACGCUCUCAUUCCCUCUCACCCACUCUCAAACGCUCUCAUUCCCUCUCACCCACUCUCAUACGCUCUCAUUCCCUCUCACCCACUCUCAUACGCUCUCAUUCCCUCUCACCCACUCUCAUACGCUCUCAUUCCCUCUCACCCACUCUCAUACGCUCUCAUUCCCUCUCACCCACUCUCAUACCCUCUCAUUCCCUCUCACCCACUCUCAUACGCUCUCAUUCCCUCUCACCCACUCUCAUACGCUCUCAUUCCAUCUCACCCACUCUCUCACGCUCUCAUUCCUUCUCACCCACUCUCAUACGCUCUCAUGCCCUCUCACCCACUCUCAUACGCUCUCAUUCCCUCUCACCCACUCUCAUACGCUCUCAUUCCCUCCCACCCACACUCAGACGCUCUCAUUCCCUCUCACCCACUCUCUCACGCUCUCAUUCCCUCUCACCCACUCUCAUACGCUCUCAUUCCCUCUCAACCACUCUCAUACGCUCUCAUUCCCUCUCACCCACUCUUUUACGCUCUCAUUCCCUCUCACCCACUCUCAUACACUCUCAUUCCCUCUAACCCACUCUCAUACGCUCUCAUUCCCUCUCACCCACUCUCAUACGCUCUCAUUCCCUCUCACCCACUCUCAUACGCUCUCAUUCCUUCUCACCCACUCUCAUACGCUCGCAUUCCCUCUCACCCACUCUCAUACGCUCUCAUUUCCUCUCACCCACUCUCUCACGCUCUCAUUCCCUCUCACCCACUCUCAUACGCUCUCCGUCCCUCUCACCCACUCUCAUACCCUCUCAUUCCCUCUCACCCACACUCAUACGCUCUCGUUCCCUCUCACCCACACUCAUACGCUCUCAUUCCCUCUCACCCACUCUCAUACGCUCUCAUUCCCUCCCACCCACUCUCAUACGCUCUCAUUCCCUCUCACCCACUCUCAUACGCUCUCAUUUCCUCUCACCCACUCUCACGCUCUCAUUCCCUAUCACCCACUCUCAUACGCUCUCCGUCCCUCUCACCCACUCUCAUACCCUCUCAUUCCCUCUCACCCACACACAUACGCUCUCAUUCCCUCUCACCCACACUCAGACGCUCUCAUUCCCUCUCACCCACUCUCUCAAGCUCUUAUUCCCUCUCACCCACUCUCUCACGCUCCCAUUCCCUCUCACCCACUGUCAUACCCUCUCAUUCCCUCUCACCCACUCUCUUACGCUCUCAUUCCCUCUCACCCACUCUCAUACACUCUCAUUCCCUCUAACCCACUCUCAUACGCUCUCAUUCCCUCUCAACCACUCUCAUACGCUCUCAUUCCCUCUCGCCCACUCUCAUACGCUCUCAUUCCCUCUCACCCACUCUCAUACGCUCUCAUUCCCUCUCACCCACUCUCAUACGCACUCAUUCCCUCUCUCCCACUCUCAUACGCUCUCAUACUCUCCCACCCACACUCAUACGCUCUCAUUCCCUCUCACCCACUCUCAUACCCUCUCAUUCCCUCUCACCCACUCUCUUACGCCCUCAUUCCCUCUCACCCACUCUCAUAUGCUCUCAUUCCCUCCCACCCACACUCAUACGCUCUCAUUCCCUCUCACCCACUCUCAUACCCUCUCAUUCCCUCUCACCCACUCUUUUACGCUCUCAUUCCCUCUCACCCACUCUCAUACACUCUCAUUCCCUCUAACCCACUCUCAUACGCUCUCAUUCCCUCUCACCCACUCUCAUACGCACUCAUUCCCUCUCACCCACUCUCAUACGCUCUCAUUCCCUCUCACCCACUCUCAUACACUCUCAUUCCCUCUCACCCACUCUCAUACGCUCUCAUUCCCUCUCACCCACUCUCAUACGCUCUCAUUCCCUCCCACCCACACUCAUACGCUCUCAUUCCCUCUCACCCACUCUCAUACCCUCUCAUUCCCUCUCACCCACUCUCUUACGCUCUCAUUCCCUCUCACCCACUCUCAUAUGCUCUCAUUCCCUCUAACCAACUCUCAUACGCUCUCAUUCCCUCUCACCCACUCUCAUACGCUCUCAUUCCCUCUCGCCACUUCUCAUACGCUCUCAUUCCCUCUCACCCACUCUCAUACGCUCUCAUUCCCUCUCACCCACUCUCAUACGCUCUCAUUCCCUCUCACCCACACUCAUACGCUCUCAUUCCCUCUCACCCACUCUCUCACGCUCUUAUUCCCUCUCACCCACUCUCUCACGCUCCCAUUCCCUCUCACCCACUGUCAUACCCUCUCAUUCCCUCUCACCCACUCUCUUACGCUCUCAUUCCCUCUCACCCACUCUCAUACACUCUCAUUCCCUCUAACCCACUCUCAUACGCUCUCAUUCCCUCUCAACCACUCUCAUACGCUCUCAUUCCCUCUCGCCCACUCUCAUACGCUCUCAUUCCCUCUCACCCACUCUCAUACGCUCUCAUUCCCUCUCACCCACUCUCAUACGCUCUCAUUCCCUCUCUCCCACUCUCAUACGCUCUCAUUACCUCUCACCCACACUCAUACGCUCUCAUUCCCUCUAACCCACUCUCAUACGCUCUUAUUCCCUCUCACCCACUCUCAUACGCUCUCAUUCCCUCUCGCCCACUCUCAUACGCUUUCAUUCCCUCUCACCCACUCUCAUACGCUCUCAUUCCCUCUCACCCAAUCUCAUACGCUCUCAUUCCCUCUCACCCACUCUCAUCCGCUCUCAUUUCCUCUCACCCACUCUCUCACGCUCUCAUUCCCUCUCACCCACUCUCAUACGCUCUCCGUCCCUCUCACCCACUCUCAUACCCUCUCAUUCCCUCUCACCCACUCUCUUACGCCCUCAUUCCCUCUCACCCACUCUCAUAUGCUCUCAUUCCCUCCCACCCACACUCAUACGCUCUCAUUCCCUCUCACCCACUCUCAUACCCUCUCAUUCCCUCUCACCCACUCUUUUACGCUCUCAUUCCCUCUCACCCACUCUCAUACACUCUCAUUCCCUCUAACCCACUCUCAUACGCUCUCAUUCCCUCUCACCCACUCUCAUACGCUCUCAUUCCCUCUCGCCCACUCUCAUACGCUCUCAUUCCCUCUCACCCACUCUCAUACGCUCUCAUUCCCUCUCACCCACUCUCAUACGCUCUCAUUCCCUCCCACCCACACUCAUACGCUCUCAUUCCCUCUCACCCACUCUCAUACCCUCUCAUUCCCUCUCACCCACUCUCUUACGCUCUCAUUCCCUCUCACCCACUCUCAUAUGCUCUCAUUCCCUCUAACCAACUCUCAUACGCUCUCAUUCCCUCUCACCCACUCUCAUACGCUCUCAUUCCCUCUCGCCACUUCUCAUACGCUCUCAUUCCCUCUCACCCACUCUCAUACGCUCUCAUUCCCUCUCACCCACUCUCAUACGCUCUCAUUCCCUCUCACCCACACUCAUACGCUCUCAUUCCCUCUCACCCACUCUCUCACGCUCUUAUUCCCUCUCACCCACUCUCUCACGCUCCCAUUCCCUCUCACCCACUGUCAUACCCUCUCAUUCCCUCUCACCCACUCUCUUACGCUCUCAUUCCCUCUCACCCACUCUCAUACACUCUCAUUCCCUCUAACCCACUCUCAUACGCUCUCAUUCUCUCUCAACCACUCUCAUACGCUCUCAUUCCCUCUCGCCCACUCUCAUACGCUCUCAUUCCCUCUCACCCACUCUCAUACGCUCUCAUUCCCUCUCACCCACUCUCAUACGCUCUCAUUCCCUCUCUCCCACUCUCAUACGCUCUCAUUACCUCUCACCCACACUCAUACGCUCUCAUUCCCUCUAACCCACUCUCAUACGCUCUUAUUCCCUCUCACCCACUCUCAUACGCUCUCAUUCCCUCUCGCCCACUCUCAUACGCUUUCAUUCCCUCUCACCCACUCUCAUACGCUCUCAUUCCCUCUCACCCAAUCUCAUACGCUCUCAUUCCCUCUCACCCACUCUCAUCCGCUCUCAUUUCCUCUCACCCACUCUCUCACGCUCUCAUUCCCUCUCACCCACUCUCAUACGCUCUCCGUCCCUCUCACCCACUCUCAUACCCUCUCAUUCCCUCUCACCCACACUCAUACGCUCUCAUUCCCUCUCACCUACUCUCAUACGCUCUCAUUCCCUCUCACCCACUCUCAUACGCUCUCAUUCCCUCCCACCCAAUCUCAUACGCUCUCAUUCCCUCUCUCCCACUCUCAUACGCUCUCAUUCCCUCCCACCCACACUCAUACGCUCUCAUUCCCUCUCACCCACUUUCACACCCUCUCAUUCCCUCUCACCCACUCUCUUACGCUCUCAUUCCCUCUCACCCACUCUCAUAUGCUCUCAUUCCCUCUAACCCACUCUCAUACGCUCUCAUUCCCUCUCACCCACUCUCAUACGCUCUCAUUCCCUCUCGCCCACUCUCAUAUGCUCUCAUUCCCUCUCACCCACUCUCAUACGCUCUCAUUCCUUCUCACCCACUCUCAUACGCUCUCAUUCCCUCUCACCCACUCUCAUACGCUCUCAUUUCCUCUCACCCACUCUCUCACGCUCUCAUUCCCUCUCACCCACUCUCAUACGCUCUCUGUCCCUCUCACCCACUCUCAUACCCUCUCAUUCCCUCUCACCCACACUCAUACGCUCUCAUUCCCUCUCACCUACUCUCAUACGCUCUCAUUCCCUCUCACCCACUCUCAUACGCUCUCAUUCCCUCCCACCCAAUCUCAUACGCUCUAAAUCCCUCUCACCCACUCUCAUACGCUCUCAUUCCCUCUCACCCACUCUCAUACGCUCUCAUUCCCUCUCACCCACACUCAUACGCUCUUAUUCCCUCUCACCCACUCUCAUACGCUCUCAUUCCCUCCCACCCACACUCAGACGCUCUCAUUCCCUCUCAACCACUCUCAUACCCUCUCAUUCCCUCUCACCCACUCUCAUACGCUCUCAUUUCCUCUAACCCACUCUCAUACGCUCUCAUUCCCUCUCACCCACGCUCAGACGCUCUCAUUCCCUCUCGCCCACUCUCAUACGCUCUCAUUCCCUCUCACCCUCUCUCAUAUGCUCUCAUUCCCUCUCACCCACUCUCAUGCGCUCUCAUUCCCUCUCACCCACUCUCAUACGUUCUCAUUUCCUCUCACUCGCUCUCUCACGCUCUCAUUCCCUCUCACCCACUCUCAUACGUUCUCCGUCCCUCUCACCCACUCUCAUACCCUCUCAUUCCCUCUCACCCACACUCAUACGCUCUCAUUCCCUCUCACCCACACUCAUACGCUCUCAUUCCCUCUCACCCACUCUCAUACCCUCUCAUUCCCUCUCACCCACUCUUUUUGUUGUUCUCUAACACUUUUACGCUCUCAUUCUCUCUCACCCACUCUCAUACGCUCUCAUUCCGUCUAACCCACUCUCAUACGCUCUCAUUCCCUCUCACCCACUCUCAUACACUCUCAUUCCCUGUCACCCACUCUCAUACGCUCUCAUUCCCUCUCACCCACUCUCAUACGCUCUCAUUCCCUCUCACCCACUCUCAUACGCUCUCAUUCCCUCUCACCCACUCUCAUACGCUCUCAUUCCCUCUCACCCACUCUCAUACGCUCUCAUUCCCUCUCACCCACCCUCAUACGCUCUCAUUCCCUCUCACCCACUCUCAUACGCUCUCAUUCCCUCUCACCCACUCUCAUACACUCUCAUUCCCUCUCACCCACACUUAUACGCUCUCAUUCCCUCUCACCCACUCUCAUACCCUCUCAUUCCCUCUCACCCACUCUCUUACGCUCUCAUUCCCUCUCACCCACUCUCAUACGCUCUCAUUCCCUCUAACCCACUCUCAUACGCUCUCAUUCCCUCUCACCCACUCUCAUACGCUCUCAUUCCCUCUCACCCACCCUCAUACGCUCUCAUUCCCUCUCACCCACUCUCAUACGCUCUCAUUCCCUCUCACCCACUCUCAUACACUCUCAUUCCCUCUCACCCACACUUAUACGCUCUCAUUCCCUCUCACCCACUCUCAUACCCUCUCAUUCCCUCUCACCCACUCUCUUACGCUCUCAUUCCCUCUCACCCACUCUCAUACGCUCUCAUUCCCUCUAACCCACUCUCAUACGCUCUCAUUCCCUCUCACCCACUCUCAUACGCUCUCAUUCCCUCUCACCCACUCUCAUACGCUCUCAUUCCCUCUCACACACUCUCAUACGCUCUCAUUCCCUCUCACCCACACUCAUACGCUCUCAUUCCCUCUCACCCACUCUCAUACCCUCUCAUUCCCUCUCACCCACUCUCUUACGCUCUCAUUCCCUCUCACCCACUCUCAUAUGCUCUCAUGCCCUCCCACCCACACUCAUACGCUCUCAUUCCCUCUCACCCACUCUCAUACCCUCUCAUUCCCUCUCACCCACUCUCUUACGCUCUCAUUCCCUCUCACCCACUCUCAUACACUCUCAUUCCCUCUAACCCACUCUCAUACGCUCUCAUUCCCUCUCACCCUCUCUCAUACGCUCUCAUUCCCUCUCGCCCACUCUCAUACGCUCUCAUUCCCUCUCACCCACUCUCAUACGCUCUCAUUCCCUCUCACCCACUCUCAUACGCUCUCAUUCCCUCUCACCCACUCUCAUACGCUCUUAUUCCCUCUCACCCACACUCAUACGCUCUCAUUCCCUAUCACCCACUCUCAUACCCUCUCAUUCCCUCUCACCCUCUCUCUUACCCUCUCAUUCCCUCUCACCCACUCUCAUACGCUCUCAUUCCCUCCCACCCACACUCACACGCUCUCAUUCCCUCUCACCCACUCUCAUACCCUCUCAUUCCCUCUAACCCACUCUCAUACGCUCUCAUUCCCUCUCACCCACUCUCAUACGCUCUCAUUCCCUCCCACCCACACUCAUACGCUCUCAUUCUCUCUCACCCACUCUCAUACGCUCUCAUUCCAUCCCACCCACUCUCUUACGCUCUCAUUCCCUCUCACCCACUCUCAUACACUCUCAUUCCCUCUAACCCACUCUCAUACGCUCUCAUUCCCUCUCACCCACUCUCAUACGCUCUCAUUCCCUCCCACCCACACUCAUACGCUCUCAUUCCCUCUCACCUGCGGAGAUUCACUCUACAACGGUAGUGAGCUAAACUACAGGGUUGGCACGAACUACUAG